AUGGCUGGCGGGGCGUCCGGGGAGCCCGGGCCGGGGGCGGCCGCGGGCAGCGCGGUGCCCGAGACCCAGGAGCACCUCUUCAAGGUGCUGGUCAUCGGCGAGCUCGGGGUAGGCAAGACGAGCAUCAUCAAGAGAUACGUGCACCAGCUCUUCUCUCAGCACUACCGGGCCACCAUCGGCGUGGACUUCGCCCUCAAGGUCCUCAACUGGGACAGCAAGACCCUGGUCCGACUGCAGCUCUGGGAUAUCGCGGGUCAAGAACGGUUUGGAAACAUGACGAGAGUAUACUACAAAGAAGCCGUGGGUGCUUUUGUGGUCUUUGAUAUAUCAAGAGGGUCCACAUUUGAGGCAGUCCUCAAGUGGAAGAAUGAUUUGGACAGUAAGGUACAGCUUCCAAAUGGCAUCGCAAUCCCCACAGUUCUCCUCGCCAAUAAAUGUGAUCAGAACAAUGACAGUGGCCAUAGCCCUUCCCAGAUGGACCAGUUCUGCAAAGAAAAUGGCUUUACCGGAUGGUUUGAAACAUCUGCAAAGGAUAAUAUCAACAUAGAUGAAGCAGUUCGAUUCUUGGUGGAGAAUAUUCUUGCAAACCAUAAAAAUUUUCCUAAUGAAGAUGAUGUGGACAAAAUAAAGUUGGACCAGGACACUUUGAGGGCAGAGAGUAAAUCCCAGUGCUGUUAAUGUUUCUCCUACUACUUUUUUUGGUAUAAAAUGAUAGCUGACUUUAUGCCUACGAAGACUUAAACUGAGACUGGAUUCCAGAUGAACUGCUGUAUUGGGACUUUUCAUAUGGGUGGUUCUUUAAAAUGGUGGUAUCCCUAGGUGCCUGAACUUCUUAGUUGGAAAUGGAACUUAUAGUAAAUUGUUCCAUGCCAGGGUCCAGAACAUAUGUUCAAAGCUUGUCUUCUUCUUUAAACAAUAUCAAAUGUUAUGCUUUUUUUUUAUUUUUUAAAAAUAAGCACAGUUCUUCCAUGUUUGGAAGGACUUCCAAGUUGAAUUAUUUUAUUAAGAUCAUUACUACAGAAGAAAACUUUAAUCCUGACUUUGCCAACAGUUUUUAUGUAUAAUUUUUUUUUUCUUGAAGGAUAUUCUGGUAGUUUAUCCCAUUAAUUUGGGCAUUAUAAUUACCAUUAGUCACAGAAGGGGUCACUUUUCUUGUUUAAUAGUGUUUGGGUUUUUUAAAUAUAUAUAUAUAUGUGUGUGUAUAUAUAUAUAUAUUAUAUAUAUUCAAAAGUUUUGCAUUCCAUAGUAAACCUUUUCAAGGUCUAUAAUUUUAACUUUGUGCCAGUGAUUCUGUAUUCAAGCUUCUUCUAAUCCAUGUGAGCAUUCAUUAAUCCCUUAAUCUGGGCAUGGUCAUGGGAGACUUCCUGGGGAUCUAGUCCUUUCCAGGGGAUAACUUUGAUAGUUAAGUUUAGACAGCCUUUUCUUCUUUACUCUCCAACAUUGUGUGGGUUUUUGGGUGUUUUAAGAACAUGUUUUGCAUGUUCUUACCAUAAAGAUCUCAUUUCAGAGUUAAUCAGUGGUAUAAGCCUCACCACUAAUGGCAUCCUGGUGAACCCAGAUGACAAAAUUAAAAAUUGUGGUCAGUGGAAAAUGAAUUAACUAGCAAAUGAACUAAAAUGUUCUGCACUAUAAGCUUUUGAGUAAGCCCUACCCUAAAUAUUUUGUUGUCAUUUAAAACACAAUUGUAGAGAAACUGAAGGCCCCAAAAGCCUAGUACACACCUAAUUUUUUGAGUGAAAUUGUCACUUACUGGAAAAGAAUAAAUGUUUUGACAAGA